AUGACGACGACACGGGCGACGAGUUUCGCGUUGGGAGGACGACGACACCACGUUUUGAAUACCACUACUGCGAAUACUAAAACGCGCAACAAUCACAACGAGAACAAGAACAACAAGAGAGGAGGAUUGAGAUGCUUCGCGAAAGCGGCAGCCGCGAAAACGACGACGCAAAAGAAGGAAGACGUCCCGAAAAACCUGGAGCGUUUGCGCAUCUCGACCCCGUGGGAGGACGCGCAAACGGUUUUGAAAUCGGAGUUUAAAACCUCCGAGGAGGAUUUAAAAACGUUCGGGGAAUUGACCAAGGAAGAGUUGGAAAACGCGUACGAGAUGAUGCAGUUGUGCAGAGACUUUGAAAACGAGUGCAACCAGUCGUACAUGGGCGGGAAGAUUCGCGGGUUCAUGCACUUGGAUAACGGGCAAGAGUCUAUUCCAGCCUUGUUGGCGAACAGCAUUCGCAAGUCUGAUUUGAAGCACUCGUAUUACAGAGAUCAUUGUCACGCCAUCGCCUGCGGCGUGGACGCCGGUAAAGUUAUGGCGGAGUUGUACGGGAAAGACGGCGGGACGUGCAGAGGUACCGGAGGAAGUAUGCACAUUUACGACGUGGAGAAUAACUUCCAAGGUGGAUGGGCGUUGGUUUCUGAGCAGUUACCGUACGCGGUUGGCGCCGCGAGAUCGAUCGUUUUGGAUAAGUUUUUAGGCAAGGAAGGUAUGGAGGACGAACGCAUCGCGAUUGUGUUUGUCGGCGAAGGCGGCGCGCAAAACGGGAGAAUGGCGGAGUGCUUGAACGCCGCCGCGAAGGAGAAUUUGCCGAUUUUAUUCUUGGUUAUCGAUAACGGGAGAGCGAUUAACACGUUCACGAAGGAUGUCGCGCAAAACCAGUCGGUGUUUGAGCAAGGGAAGCAUUACGGCGUCCCGGGCGUCUUGGUCGACGGCCAAGACGUGACGGAUGUCUUGAAGGUUGGUAAAGCGGCGAUUAACCACGUGAGAACGAAAGGUCCGGCAAUUUUGCAAGUGCACACGUUUCGAUUUAACGGUCACUCGCCGGCGGAUCCAGAACACGAGAGAAACCGCAAGGACGAGAAGAGAUGGGCGAGAAAAGAGUGCGACCCGAUUACGAUUUUCGAACAGUCCGCGCACGCGCAAGGUUUGGAUUUGCAAGCGUUGACAAAGAAAGCGAAGGACGAAGUGAAGAGAGCGUUGGACUUUGCGGACGCGUCUCCGCCACCGCCACCGAGUUUAGCGGCGGAGUUGGAGUACCCAGAUCCGAACGGGCAAGUGGAUUACUCGCAACGCGAACCGGAGAUGGGUUUGGCCAAGGCGCAAGAAACGACGAAGAAAAUCGUCGACCCGAACACUUUAGCCGGGUUGGAAAAGCGAAUCGCGGACUUGAGAGGAUUGUGCGAUACGCCGCAAGGUAUUUCCAUCGGUGACGCGGUCAACUUGGCAGUUUUGGAAGAAAUGUUGAGAGACCCGACGUGUUUGGCGCACGCCGAGGAUUUACAAGCCGGGUCUUCGUACAACAUUCCGGCGAACACGCAACAAGCGUUCGGGAGAUUGCGAGCCGCGGAUGAAAUCAUCGACGAAGGUCACUUCAUCGGUAAAGCCUUGGGCGAAGCCAUGAACGGAUACAGGCCGAUCGUGGAGUUGAUGAACGCAAACUUUGGUAUCUACGGCAUGGCGGAACUCUCUUCCGCCGGGAACACGUACGCCACCACCGGCGGGCAGUUCAAAAUGCCAAUGACCGUCAUCGGUGCCGGUGGUACCGCGCCGAACCAAUCGCUUGGUGCGGAACACUCGCAACCGUUCCACGCGUACAUCAUGGGCAUCCCUGGUUUGAAGAUUUGCUCCGCGAGUAAACCGAACGAGGCGUACGGUUUAGCGAAAUCUAUGAUUCGCGACAACGGGCCGGGCGUUUUGUUGUUGCCGGUGAAGAUGAUGAAGACCAGAGGUCCGUGCAACCCGAACCAAUUCUUACCGUUGCACAAGUCCACGCAACACGCGAAGGCUUCGGACGCGGCGGUUAAGGCGAACAAAGCGAUCACGGUGGUUACGUAUUUACACGGCGUCAAGGAAUCUGAAGAAGCCAUGAAAGAGUUAGCCGCCAGCGGCAUCGAGUUUGAUUUCAUCGAAAUGACGUGCAUGAAACCAGUGGAUUGGAGAACCAUCCAAUCUUCUCUCGAACGCACGCACAAGUUGAUAAUCUUGGACGAAAGUACGCGAACCGGUGGCGUCGGCGCGACGUUAUCCGCCAUCGUUUCCGAAAACUUGUUCGACGAGUUGGACGCGCCGGUGAUGCGUUUGUGCAUGGAAGACGCCCCGGUGCCGUACGCCGGGGAGAUGGAGAAAGAAGUCGUGAAAAGAGCGAGCGAUUUAGUCGAGGCGGCCAAGUUCAUGUGCGGCGCUUAA